CACACAAUGGGGGCUUGAGCGGGGGCUUGAGCGUGGAUGGGAACCCGCAUCAGCCGUCUGCCAGUGGUGUUUGAGUCCUGGGUGACUCGUUGACGCCACUUAACGACGGAUGCUGCCCAACUUCUACUUGACCCUUUCCGGGGAUAAUGCACACUGCGAGCCCGGUUUCGAGGGUAACUCGGACUUGUACGGUUUGGGGGUCCGCAUCGCUUUCUAUCUGCAAACCGUCAUGACUGUGAUUGGAACAUUCGACGGCGACGAACUAUACAGAGUGCUGACCGUCAACCUCCUCUUGGCAUUCGCCCUGUUCGUCGCGCUGAUCCAUGCCACCCUGUCGGGAGGUCUCAAUAACGUGGAAGCGUAUGUAACUUUGUAUCUCGUCGACUCGCUGUCGUUCCUCGCCCUCGUCGCUGUCGAAAUUCGAUUUCACAUGGCCAAGUUUUUGCAUGACCAUCAGAAAGGUUGUGAAGACGGAGACUCGAAGGAACCACAAGCCGCUGGUGCACGUGGAGAGGGUCAGCCAGAAACCGAGAAUCGAGAGAAAGGGGAUAGCGAAAAUACAGGGGGAGAACAGGCGGUGGGAUCUCGCAAGCCGCCCGGCGCGGGAGUGGACAAGGCAGAAUCAUCGAGAGUGCGCCCAAAGGCUGAGACAGGAGGCCUGAAUAUUGAAUCGGCAACGGACCAGCAAGACUGGAUGGAAUUUGACAAGAAUGAGAAUCCCGACCACCAAGUGAAAAGCAGCGAAUGCAAGGGUAGGGAUAGUGUUGAAAUCGACAUAGGAAAGAAGUUGGACGGCGCGAAGCUGCUCAAAUGACGGUGGGAAACAGGUGGAGGACAUAGAUGACGAGGGUUUGGGCGGCAAGAAGCGGGACCUGAAGAGCGAGAAGGGAGAAGAGGUUGAAAAGAACUUGAACGACGGCAGAGAGAAGGCAAGGGACGUUGCCGGUG